AUGCGCGUUCAGUCCGCGGCCAGUGCUCAGGCCUUGCUGCAGGACAACGCCAACUGCGUAGCCCACGUACUGCAGAGCAACUACUUCAGUCGCACGGCCUCACCUUCGGUCUCUGCCAGUUGGGAGCGUGCAGCCUCGCGCCCGCCUAUCAAUGUCAGCCCUUACGUCCACACGCGCGACAGCGGCGGUCGCCGUCGCUCCACGGCUGCGAGCUGCCAGGCCGUCAUCGGUACACUGCAGGACGCCAUGCGCGCACUGCACGCCGACGACACCAGCAGCUUCCGCCGCGUCGAGAGCGAGCUUUUCACUGCGGACCUUCUUCUUGACGCUCGCGUGCUUGACUCCCUUGUGCCACGCACCAAAGAAACGCCGUACCGCUACGUCGGACUUAAACACGUCAAAUACCGGUCCCUCCUCGACGAACGCCACGCCGAAGAAUUCCUACUCAUGGAAACAGUUGGACGCGGCGUGCACCCCGUUUCGGGCAACAAGUUCGUCUUUAAGAUGCUGCGCUCCGUGGACGUCCCCGAACGAGAGUUCGAGAUGAGGAGUGCCAAUAGUCACCACGCGCAACUACAGGUACAUCGCGGCGCCAUCCACGCGAUGCUGCUGGUACUGGCCGAGACCAGUCAUCGUGGGAUCCUCAAGAUGCAGUUGUGGCUGGACGUUGAACUGACCAAGUGCGCCGAGCCUUUUUACGGCGCGUUCUCCAGUCUGCACGACGCCUACAGUUUGUCGAUCCGGUAUCGACAGCUGGUUGAGAACUACGCCGCUACAAGCGGAGACGCGGCUAUCGCCGCGUCAACUAAAACGUCUCGAUGUGAGGAUCAGUAA